AGGAAAAAAAAAAAAAAACAAAACAAAACCCCUGUACGGAAAACCCUCUCUCAUCUCUCUCACUCUCGGCUGAACACACUCGCCACCUCCCUCUUUCCUCUGCUCCUUAGCCGCCAGCCACCUCUUAUACUUGUCUCACGGACUAUUCUCAACUAGUCAUCCAGAUUCAGAAAGGCCAGGGGCAAUCGCCAUCUUCGAUUAUUUUUGUAAACAGAAUAUUUCAAAUGAGAUUAACCGCUUGAAAUUGAAUGCACCCAGAAAACAAAACCUUUUUUCAGCAGAGAAGAGAGUGAAGCAAAAGCAAGACCUAAACAUCAAAUAUGGCUACAAGUCUCACAAACAAGACAUCAGUUACUAAUCAAACCCUAAGCUUAUUCAGAUUAUCAUUCAACUUCAUCAAAAGCUUUAGUACUUCGCCUUCUGCUACUGUUGCCUCUCCAACUUCUUCUGCUUCGAAGAAACCAAAACAAAGAAAGAAGAAGAACCUGUUUGAGGUUGCUCAGUUUUUACCCAAUUGGGGAAUUGGUUACCACAUGGCUAAAUCUCAUUGGAAAAAUGUUUCUUAUGAGAUCACCAAGAUCAAUCUCUACAAGGAUGGUAGACAUGGAAAAGCGUGGGGGAUUGCUUACAAAGACGGAGCUCCAGCUGCAGAAACUCCCAAGAAGAUAAGUGGAGUCCAUAAGCGUUGCUGGAGAUACAUUCCAAGCUUAACAAACGCUUUGUCGUUGGAAAGCAAGCCAAUCUCAUCAAAUUCUAAUGAAACGGCACCAAAGGCUGAAGUUUAGGCAAAUUGAUACAUUUUCCUU